UCAUCUUAUCUUCACCUGCUGCAGGCGCAAGGAGUUACGAAUGAAUGGUCGCCACAAAUAUAUCAUGUUGGGAAGGUGGAUUUUUUUGAUACCUAGUGCCUAGACCAAAAAGACACACUUGUCAUUCUUGGUUGCGCCCCUCCUCGUUUCAUUGUCGUUUCUCGACACCGCAGCGAAGCUGGCAGGAGCGCUUUGGCCUAAAGGGACAUUCUACGCGAGCGGGCGACACACUUGACAGAACAAGAUCUGGAUAUUUCUAGCUACAUGAUCAGCCGCUGCAGGAUUCAACUUGCAAUUACAACAUCUUAUCGCUUUAGUCGUCGAUGAAAAUGGGCAAGAUGGUGAGCGCCGCUGAAGCUAAGCAGCGAGAGAAGAAGAAGCAACAGAAACAAAACCGCAAACAGCGUAAGGCCGAACAGUUUCAAGAGAGGCUAGCCAAACAACAGGAUGUCAAAUCCAUCAAAGGCAAAAGCAUCGCUUCCGUAGACACGGAAGCACCAGAAAACGACGAAGAGUACUUCUUAAGUUUGUUUUUAGCGAAUUUGAACACACUGACUUCACUUUCUUUGGUUUCUUUCGCCCUUCGACGAACUCUUCGAUCCGGGUCCAAGUUAGUGGAGGCUGGAAAAAUAUUAUGAAGAUCUCCUUACAACAACAACCGCAUACUGAUUUGUCCUAAACUUUUUUAACUUCUUUGAUUUUUGUAACAACUCAGGUAUGUCAUUCCAGAGUUGCCUUUUAGCCAGGAUGAUUCACGUUAUGAUGACUACAAGAAAGUUUUUCAGACUUUGUCCGUCCUCGGGGACAACGAAGUUCCAGCGGCGGCGAAGGAAGUCCAGAAGAAGAAGACGAAGGUGGAACUUCGAAAACAGGUAACGGAUUUUGGAUUAUAUUGAUGAAACACAACUGCGAAUCAAUAGAUAUAGCUUCUUGUUUUUAACCAACUUCUUCCUCUUCGAGCUAUUCAAAAAAGUCAGAUUAUGAGCUCCGCUUUUCUUCAUCAGGUGUUGACCAUGACGGACGCAGGUGAAGAUGACAAACCGGAGAAACAAAAGAGGACCAAAAAAAAAUUUCUUGUUCAAGAAUUGAAGUCUAUGGUUAUCCGUCCAGAUGUCGUGACAGAGGUGGAUACAACCAGUCCUGACCCGGAGCUUCUGGUCUACCUCAAGGCCUACAGAAACACGGUAUGAUUUUGUUGUAUUUGUAAUGAGCCUUCUUGCAGUUUCUCAUUGGUGACGACCUUCAUGAAGAGUGUAAACAAUCAUGAUUUGAGUCUUCCUUUUCUGAUUACAAGACGAAGCCGCUGAGUAGGUUGCUAUCAUGUUUUUAUCUUUCAUCCGUAUCAACUUACAGGCUGUCGUCCCACCACAUUGGGCUAGUAAGAGGAGAUACCUCAGUACUAAGAAAGGACAGGAAAAGCCGAGGUACAAGCUGCCAGAAUUUAUCGAAGCGACAGGAAUUGCCAAGAUUCGUGAAGCCGUACUCAAAAGGGAAGAACAAAAAGGUAGGUUUACUUCUUUUGUCUCUCCAAUAAAAAAUUCAUUUUGUGCCUUGAAAUUUUUGUAGAUAUUGUAUAGUAGGAGCUACUUUACUCUUCGCGACAGAACUGGCUAGCACAUGUGAAAAGCAUUUCACAAGUUGUGUCGUGCUCCUCCUUUUUAUCAAAAGAAUCUUCAUAUUCAAUGUUACAACAGGUCUCAAGGGAAUGGCGAAGGCGCGACUUAGUGCAAAGAUGGGAAAGUUGGAUAUUGAUUACCAAGUAUUGCACGACGCGUUUUUUAAGUAUCAGACGAAACCAAAGCUCACAGGGCACAACGACGUCUAUUAUGAAGGGAAAGAGCAAGAAAUGAAGAUGCAUACACUCAAGCCGGGAAGCAAACUCACGCCAGUCCUUAUGCAGGCUUUAGGUAUAUUGUUUAGUGUACUAGAUAAGAAAAUUGUCGUUGGGAUAAUGAGGGGAAAGUUGCGGUUUUUUGGUUGUAUUUGAGAACAGGGAUAGAUAAAGGCAAGGAGCGUUAAUUGUUCUUCCUGGAAAGUCACAUAGUGAUCAAAUAUCAAUCAAUUAUUAACUCAGGUAUGACCGAUGAGAAAAUGCCUCCACCGUGGCUCUUCAACAUGCAGCGUUAUGGGCCCCCGCGCGCCUACCCAACGCUGCGGAUACCGGGUAUCAAUGCUCCGAUCCCAGAGGGCGCUGAAUACGGAAUGGGAAUGGGCCAAUGGGGUCGUCCCCCCGUGGAUGAAUUUGGUACAUCUGCCUCUAGUACGUCGAUUGGGAUUUUGAUAGACAUUAAGUAUGGAAACCUUUUUCCAGUACUGUUUUGAGAAACAAGGAUCCAUCCGAGUGCUGUCACUGUUCUCUACUUUUUUACGAAAAUAUUUUCUCAGGCAAUCCUAAAUUCGGCGACUGGGCCAAAGAACAGGCCGCUCGUGCGCGACGAGCUCAGGUGGACGACACGACUCUUUGGGGUGAGCCCGAAGACGUCUCUGACGAGGAGGAAGAGAUGCAGGCUGAGGGCCCGGAGCAAGACGGGCAGGCCACACCGAUGGUCGGCCACGCGACUCCGAUGGUCGGCCAAGCGACACCUCUCGUCGGUGGGGUCGGCACUCCGAUGAUCGGAGGCGCGCAGAGCAGCACAGGUUUCCGCUCGACUUCGGGAAUCAGCAGUGUGACUAGCGGAGUAACCGGUCUUCAGACUCCGGGAUCCAUGAGCGGUCGAUACGGAUUCUCCGGUAGCUCGCAAGGCGGCAUUCGAUCGGCGUCGGUCGCGACACCCGGACCACAGCUUUUCCAGGUACAUUUUGACUUUGAAUUGUCUUUUGUGCUAGCCGAGAAGGUCUCGCUGUUUUUGUUGAUGUUUACAAGUAGUAAAUUGGAAACAACAGACUUGCGCACUGACCACUACGAUUUUUUUUGGAAAAUAGCAUGAACAGGUAGAAACAGCGGAUCAUCCUCACAACUUCAACAUCAGAGAAAUUCGUAGGAACUCAACCCGAAUCGACUAACAUCAUCAUCAACGUGAACAGGUCCUCGAGGAACAGAAACGAGUAGCAGGCGCAGGCGGCAUUUUCCCAAGUUCUCAUGGUUACAACCGAGGAGUUGCCACACCAGGCAUUGCAACGCCAGGCAUUGCGACGCCGGGAAUAGCAACACCAGGUAGGAGACUUAACUAUGGAUCAUGGUUUAAGUAUCGCAAGUAUGCGACUGAUAUCUCAAGAAUGCAAUUUUCUUCUACUUCAGGUUUCCAUUUAUUUCGAAAUCUGCUUUAAUCUACCUUGAUCUCCCACAUCAAUGAUGAACAGGUAUUGCGACGCCGGGAAUUGCGACUCCAGGCAUCGCUACACCGGGUAUUGCCACGCCAGGCAUGCUGCGACCAGGUGUGGCCUCUGCGGGUGGUGUGCAGUCCGUCGGAGUGCACAGCGCUAUGAUCGCAGGGCGUCCGGGUAUCCAGACCCCGAUGGGUAUCUCAACGCCAAUGGGAAUUGCCACUCCAGUCGGUGGGAUUGCGACGCCAGUUGGUGGCAUUGCGACACCUACAGGCAUUGCCAGCGCCGGUGGCAUCAAGUCGGUCGAAGCAGAGGGCAUGCUCACUGCUGAUAUCAUUCGCGCACAGCUCAAACAGCACGAGGCGACAGCGGUCAAGGCGCGCGCCGCAGCACAUCAGAAGGAGGUCAAAAAGGGCAAAGACAAAAAGAAAAAAAAGGAAUUCAAGUUCUAAGUGCUUCUUUGUCUAUCAAUUUGUGAUCCUCCCAUUCUCCCGCAUUUCGCGAUUACAUAGAAAAUGGCGCAAGUACUAACAACAUACUUCUUGUCGAUAAACUCUUAGUCCCCUACUUCGUUUCGCGCUGAUGUACGGAGCAUAUUUAUUCUCUUCGCUGUUUCACCGUCGGUGCAAUACAUAUGUUCGCAUCGUCGAUGUAUAUAGUCAUGAUGAAGUACUACAUCGCACAUCAUAGUUUCAAAAGUUAAGUAUUUCUAUCUAAUGAUUAUACCUGUUCUGCCUGUUGCGGAUCCCGCAUACCAAGAAUCGAUCAACAACAGUAAGCAUGUAGACCUGAAAAUAAUCUAAUCAAGCCUACUAGCCACAUUCUGCUUUAGCUGCCGUCCGGAGGAAGUGUCGUAGCGAAG